ACGCGCGCUCCCGUUCGUUCAGUCCGCGUUCACGCGUCACUCACUAGACAGUCACACUUAUUUGAGGAUUUUUUUUCUAGAUUUGAUCGUUGUUGAUCGGAUUUUCUGCACCACAUAAAGAGAUGUGGAAGUCAGUCGUGGGCCACAAUGUGAGCGUGAAGGUGGCUGCUGCAGAAGGGGAUGACUGGGAGACAGACCCUGACUUUGUGAAUGAUGUGUCGGAACAGGAGCAGCGAUGGGGAGCAAAAACCAUCGAGGGCUCUGGACGCAAAGAACACAUCAGUGUUGCUGAGCUCAGAAAUAAAGUCGCCGAGGAACACGAGCAGGUGAAGCAGAAGGAUGAAACCCCUAAAGCUUCGUACGGGUAUGGAGGGAAGUUUGGAGUGGAGAAAGACAGAAUGGACAAGGAGGCCGUGGGUCAUGAAUAUGUGGCUCAAGUUGAGCAGCACUCCUCUCAGAAAGACAUGGCAAAGGGAUUUGGGGGGAAGUUUGGUGUUCAAAAAGACCGCGUUGAUAAGUCAGCCAUGGGCUUCGAGUACAAGGGAGAAGUGCAGCAGCACGCCUCUCAGAAAGAUUACGCGAAGGGAUUUGGGGGAAAGUAUGGUGUUGAGAAGGAAAGGGUGGACAAGGCAGCGUUGGGUUAUGAAUAUAAAGGCGAGACAGAGAAGCAUCAGUCCCAAAAAGAUUAUGCCAAGGGAUUUGGAGGAAAGUAUGGUGUGGAGAAGGAGAAGGUGGACAAAGCUGCUGUGGGCUACGACUACAGAGGAGAAACAGAGAAGCAUCAAUCGCAGAAAGAUUACUCAAAGGGAUUUGGUGGGAAGUAUGGCGUUGAGAAGGAGAAAGUGGAUAAAUCGGCCCUGGGAUACGAUUAUAAAGGCGAUACAGAGAAACAUCAGUCUCAAAAAGAUUACUCAACAGGCUUUGGAGGUCGUUAUGGAGUACAGACAGACCGCAUGGAUAAGAGUGCAGCAGGCUUCUCAGAAGUGGACGCCCCCACAUCUGCUUAUGAAAAGACUAAACCGGUGGAAGCCUCAAGUGCAGGCACUGGGAAACUGAAGGCAAGAUUUGAGAACAUGGCCAAGACUUCAGAUGAAGAGAACUGGAAGAAAGCAGAGGAAGAAAAAGCGAGAAGACAAGCCAGAGAGAGACGAGAGCAGGAAGAGGCCGAGCGCAGACAGCAGGAACAGGACGGCAGAAAAGAGGAUUUUCAGCCUCCACCUGUUGUAGAGGAACCAGAGUAUGACAUCCCAGCACCUGAGAUUCUCUACCACAUGCCAGAGAUACAGGAAAUACCUGAGCCAGAGCCAGAGGAGGAACAGUUGUAUGACAACGAAUCAGAUUUGCCUCCAUGCUCAGAUGAUCUGGAUGCUCCAUCUCCACCGGCUGAAGAGGUGUACAACGCUGAUGGAAUCUAUGAGGAUCUGGGUGGACCACUUCAGCCAGAAUCAGCAGUUGUGGACGACGAUUACGAGAAUUUGUCACUAAGACAGGAGGCAGUUGCAAUUUACGACUACGAAGGAGAGGCGGAUGAUGAGAUCUCCUUUAAUCCGGAUGACAUCAUCACCGACAUCGAGAUGAUUGACGAAGGCUGGUGGAAGGGGAUGUGUCAUGGCCGUGUUGGUCUGUUCCCAGCCGCGUACGUCCAGCUGAAGUAGAAAGCUACUAGUGGUUUUGCACACGCUUCCCUUAAACUUUGGUUUGUUUAUAUAAUAAGGAAAUGAUUCAACUCUGUAUUUGUACAACAAAUUAUCUGAUGAUUACAUCUUUUUACACAUUUCCUGCCUAGAAUAUUAAGUGCAAUCAUCUAAUUACAAAGCAUUUCAACAAAGAUUAUAACAUUAUUAAUGGACUGAACUGCAUUAAUAUGAUGUCAACUUCAAACUUUUGCAGGUGUUAAAUUGUUAUCAGACAUAACAAAUGUGAAAAUAAAACACUUCCACAAACAGAA